AUGGAUUCCGAACAACGUCCUGUUGCAGAAAAGCAUUUGCUCAACAGCACAAUCAAAAACAUUACCUGGCGUGGCGUUACUGUGACUGUCAAGGACCGCGAAACGAAACAGCCAAAGGGCAUUGUUGAUAAUGUCGAGGGCAUUGUCGAAGCUGGGGAAAUUUGUGCCUUGAUGGGACCAUCAGGCUGCGGUAAAACAACACUACUCAAUGUCCUGGCCCGUCGUCCAACAAAUGCCAGUAAUGUCGAAGCUGAAGUUCACGUCAAUGGAACUCAUCUAUCUCUGGCUGAGUUCCGGGAAGUUUCAUGCUUCGUCGAACAGGAAGAUGCUCUUAUUGGAUCAUUAACUGUCCGAGAGACACUCGAGUUCUCAUCAAGGCUCGCCAGCUCAAGUUCUCUGUCUAAGAGAGAUCGUCUUGUUCGUAUCAAUAAUCUUCUCGAGUCUUUUGGUCUGAUUGAGCAAGCCAACACAAUCAUUGGCACGCCCAUCCGCAAGGGUAUCUCAGGUGGUCAGAAGCGUCGUGUUGGUGUUGCGAGUCAAUUGAUCACCAGUCCCAAGCUCCUCUUCCUCGAUGAACCUACCAGUGGUCUUGACUCAGCUGCCAGUCUGGAGGUGGUCAAAUAUCUCCGCGACGUGGCAAAACGCAACAACCUCAUCGUCAUCUGCUCUAUCCACCAGCCCUCCACGUCGACUUUCAACCUGUUCGACAAACUUCUCUUGCUAUCUAGUGGGAAAACACAUUACUUUGGAGCUGUGGCUGGCGUUGCGACGUAUUACGCUGAGUCUGGAUUUCCGCUGCCUCAAUAUGUCAACCCGGCUGAGCAUCUUCUCGAGAUGGUCAACAUUGACUUUGCACAAAACAGAGACACGGCGUCGCAGAAUCUGGAGACCCUGCAUACCUCUUGGCAGAACUCACUCCAGGCGAGCCAAAUCAACAACGCGAUCAAGACUGCUGAGUCUUCCGGCGGCGGUUGGGGCGUUGAGGGCAUUGACAAGAGACCCAGUAUGCCAAGUCUCACUCUAACUCUACUGCAUCGAAGCUUCAUCAAGAGUUACCGAGAUGUUGUGGUUUAUGGCAUCCGUCUGGCCAUGUACCUCGGUCUCGCUAUCAUGAUGGGCACUGUCUGGGUGAGACUCGACCCUGCUCAGGAAUCUAUUCAACCUUUCAUCAACGCCAUCUUCUUUGGUUCGGCUUUUAUGAGUUUCAUGGCGGUGGCUUAUGUUCCCGCCUUCAUCGAAGACAGGCUUCAGUACGUCAAGGAACACCAUAACGGUUUGUAUGGUGCGACGGAACUGAUUGUGUCCAACUUCCUCAUCGGCAUCCCGUAUCUUUUUAUCAUAUCCAUCCUUUUCUCUGUCAUCUCGUACUGGCUUUCCAACUUCCAACCCACAGCAAAGGCCUUCUUCACCUGGGUUAUGUGGCUAUUCCUAGACCUGUUGGCAGCAGAGUCACUCGUCGUCUUCAUGACCUCGCUGUUUCCAAGCUUUGUCAUCUCGCUUGCGCUGGUGGCCUUUGCAAACGGCCUGUGGAUGUCUGUUGGAGGAUUCAUGGUCCCACCAACGAUCCUCAAUGUUUUCUACAAAUAUGUAUUUCACUACUGGGAUUACCAGAAGUAUGUGUUUGAGGGUAUGAUGGUCAACGAGUUCUCGGACCGUGUGUAUAGCUGCGGCGAGGGAUGCAACUGUAUGUAUAACUCCUCUCUGGCAGAUCAGUGCAAGAUCGAUGGCCAUGCUGUGCUGGAGCAGUAUGGAUACUCGACUGGACAUAUGGGACGGAAUGUGGGUAUCAUGGUUUCUAUUGUUGCUGGAUAUAGGCUGGCAGCAUGGGUGGUUCUGAAGUUGAGAAGAUAA